CUAUAGAGCACAGAGCGGCUGUUUAUGUCUUAGUGUGGUGGGACAAAUAAGAGCGAAAGAGUAGCCACACACAACAAAGCUCCCCCCGCUCACUGACAGCCACAGAAGCCAGCGCUCCACUCGCCCGGGAUGACAGCACCAGGAAGGACGUACUUUCUCACUCGUUGUGCGCACUAAAACUUUACAAAGGCUGAUUUUUCACCUCAUCCGAACUCAAGCAAAGUCGCCAUGCAGAGACCCGGAGGACAAGGGACUGCGUUUUCUAUCGACUCUCUGAUCGGGACGCCCCAACCCAGGCCGGGACACCUGCUCUACACGGGCUACCCCAUGUUCAUGCCGUACAGACCUCUCGUUAUUCCGCAAGCGUUGUCCCACUCGCCCCUGUCGUCCGGUAUCCCUCCCCUCGCUCCGCUCGCGUCUUUCGCCGGACGUCUGACCAACACGUUCUGUGCCAGUCUGGGACAAGCCGGAGUGCCAUCUAUGGUGGCGCUAACCACCACCAUGCCUAGUUUUUCGGAUCCACCGGACAGUUUCUACCCUCCACAGGAGCUGCCCGGGCCGCGGCUCAGCGCAGCCGAGCCCGGGGCGAGGAGGCAGGGGGACAGUCCGCAUGGAGACGAGGUACACGGCCGGGAAAAGGGCGCAGACCUGCUCAACUUCUCCGACACUUUUCAAACCAUUUCAGGUGAAACCAAAUUGUACAGUUCAGACGACGAGAAGCUGGAGCUGAAGUCUGGGGAUACAGCGUGCAGCGAGCGCGAGGACAGCUCCGGGGACAGCGAGAACGAGAGCUUCUCUGACGGCAACACGUGCGGUCCCCUGUCCCAGAAGAGUAAGCUGAAGAGCGGCUCCCAGGAGACGCUCCCGGGCGGCGGCUCCGCGGGGAAGAGCCGGCGCAGAAGAACGGCCUUUACCAGUGAACAGCUGCUGGAGCUGGAGAAGGAGUUUCACUGUAAAAAGUAUCUGUCUCUCACUGAACGCUCGCAGAUCGCACACGCGCUCAAGCUGAGCGAGGUGCAGGUCAAGAUCUGGUUUCAGAACCGCAGGGCCAAGUGGAAACGCAUCAAGGCCGGGAACGUCAACAACCGGUCAGGGGAGCCGGUCCGGAACCCCAAAAUAGUGGUGCCCAUCCCGGUGCACGUGAACAGGUUCGCGGUGAGGAGUCAGCACCAGCAGAUAGAGCAGGGCAGCAGGCCGUGAGCGCACAGGACUCUCAGACUGUACUCAGAAGCACACGAGGGGCUGCGAGGACUCAUUUGGAGACACAGCGCUCCUUUUUAUUUAUUGUCCUGUAAAUAUGUACAUAAUGUGUAUGGGAAAAUAAGGAUUCAAAUGGGCACUAUGUCAUAAGACUGUAAAGAUUUUUUAAGUAUUUAUAUGUGGGCCAGAUGUUCUCUUGGUUCUGUUGUGCAUGUUCCGUUGGUGACUUUUGUGUUUUCGUACAUUCGUUGAGCACAUCUGCAUGUUUCUCGUUUUGUUUGUUUGUGGGAACCACGUUUGACAACGCUCCGGAAGAAAAGGAAAUAAUGACC